CCAUCCCCCUUUCGCUGUUUCACCGCAAUCUUUCCAACUCCUCUGCUCGAUCGCAUGGCCCCGGGCCACUGGUUCGCCCUGGCCCUAUGGCUACCACUGAUGCUGGCGGCCGCCGCGGCCGAGGAACGACGGCCCUGCUCGCCAAACAAGUGCGGCAACCUCACCAUCUCUCACCCCUUCUGGCUCCCCGACCAGGCGACGGGGAGAUCAUGCGGUUCCCCGGACUUCGAGGUCACUUGCAACAAGGGUACUCCGCACAUACGAGGAGCGGCCAUCAGCUUGGGCUUUGCUAUCCUUAACAUCUCCUACGAGGAGCGCAGCCUGCACGUCGUCGAUCUGGGCAAGCUGUACCUGCUGCAGCACGCCCCCAACAGCUGCCUUGUGCCCAUCUGGAACACCUCCGCCAAGCUGAGCGCCCCCUUCACGAUCAGUCCCGGCAGCCUCGACCUCGUCCUGUACAGUUGCCCGGAGGCGGCCGGAGCGGCAGCUCUGGCGCUCGGGGACGGGGAGCUGGUGCGGACCGGGAUGAGGUGCCGGAACGAGAGCGAGGUGUUCGUCCGCGCCGGAGGGCGUUACAACGGGACGGGCCGCUACGGAAGGUACGAGGGGUGCGACUCUGCCGUCACGCCGGUGCUGGGCGCGAACGGCGAGGCGAACGCGAGUGACUACGAACGGCUCAUCGACGAUGGGUUCUUCUUGACAUGGGAGCUCCCGCCUCCACAAAUCGUAUGGAAACCCUUUUGUUCUAAAAAAAAAACUUGUGGCUACGGAAAGUACGAGGGGUGUGACUCUGCCGUCACGUCGGUGGUGGGCGCGUACGGCGAGGCGAACGAGAGUGACUACAAACGGCUCAUCGGCAAUGGGUUCAUCCUGACAUGGGAGCUCCCGCCUCCACCUAGCCUAGCCGUCUAG